UCUCGUUCCACGGGCUUGAUGGCACCUCUGUAAGUGGAACAGGCCGAGUUCCGAGAGCAAGUUGAUUUUGCAGGUUGCUCGCUCACUAAGGCAUCCAGCGUGGAGUCAGAGGCGCGGACUGAGGUCGCUUCCGCGCCUCGGAAGAUAACUCGUCGGAGACAGUGACGGGCGGUAAGUUCCGCAGCCUCGACGAGUCGCCAUAUCGAGAGGACGUUAUGGCAUCGCCAUUAGUGCUUGUCCAUUUGCUCGUUGUGGUUGCUGUCGUCCUCCUCACUGCUGAUGCAGUGGAAGGCGGUGGUGGAGUGAAAGGCGACAUUAAAGGCGGUGGUGGUGGAGUGAAAGGCGACAUUAAAGGCGGCGGUGGUGGAGUGAAAGGCGACAUUAAAGGCGGCGGUGGUGGAGUGAAAGGCGACAUUAAAGGCGGCGGUGGUGGAGUGAAAGGCGACAUUAAAGGCCGCGGUGGUGGAGUGAAAGGCGACAUUAAAGGCGGCGGUGGUGGAGUAAAAGGCGACAUUAAAGGCCGCGGUGGUGGAGUGAAAGGCGACAUUAAAGGCGGCGGUGGUGGAGUAAAAGGCGACAUUAAAGGCGGCCCAAGGGAGGAUGACGGAUGCAAACCCGACACCGACCCCACCGGUUCCGGGACAGCGCAUGAUAAGCCGGCCCCACCCAAGCAUGUCCCCGACGACAGCAGCCCUGAAGACAGCAGGCCCAGCGACAGCAGCCCCGAUGACAACAUCCCCGACGACAGCAGCCCCGUCGACAUUAUCCCCGACGACAUUGGUCCCGAAGACAGCAACCCCGACGAAAACAGGCCAGAAAAUAACCCCGCUACCGAUAGCAUUGACCGGGAGACCCCUGUGACUCAUCCAACCGGCGGUGGACCAGACCAUACUGACGGGCCAUCCAUGCCGGACGAUAUAAAGGGUGGCCAAAACGAAGGCGUCAAAGGGUCCAAGGGUUCAAAAUGUCCCAUAGGGUGUAAAGGUUCCAAGGGGUCUAAAGGUCCCAAGGGUUCAAAAGGGCACGAAGGCUCCAACAACAAAGGCGUCAAAGGCUCCCAAGACGACGGGCAUGACGUGCGUUUUCCAGUCUUGGGCGGCGGCGGGCACUCCGGAGGCGUGGCUGGCGCGGGCGUACCAGUGCAGAUGGGGGACAACAGCAACGACAAGGAUGCGAACAAGAGGGACAAGGAGGAUGAGAGGGAGCGCAUCCGCGCCCGUAGCAACCAGCGGGCUCCCGUGGUGUGCUUCCUCCGCGGCGACGGUUUCGAGAGGAGUGGCGUGCGCCGGUACUCCCUGAGGAGCCUGCCGAUACACAUGUGCACGCACUUCAUCUACUCGUACGUGGAGACGGACAACAAGAGCGGGGACAUCCUCUACCGCAGGAAGGGAAACAUGGGAGAGAAAACUAUCCUGCGAGCGCUGGGGCGAAUCAGACACGACACAAACGCAAAAGAAAUCAAGACCCUCGUCAGCUACGGCGCCGGCGCGCACGUGCAAAGCCUGCUGAACCGCAUCCGGGACGACAACGAGGCCAAUAAACUGGUGAACCGGAUAAAGUCCAUGCUGGAGACCUUCGGACUGGACGGCAUCAACUUUCACCUGGAAGGGCCCGGUCCCCUCGUCUGCAAACAAGAAGACAUCAGGACCAUAGUCAAGUUCAUCAAGAAUCUCCGGCACUCGGUCAACAAGCAAGUCCUCAUCACGGCUCAACUUCCCGCCUGCCGUGACACCAAGUGCAACUUGUUUAUGAGCGACACGAUGGCAAGGUAUCUAGACUACCUGUUUCUUAUCACGUUCGACUACAGGCUGGACGACCUGACGAGGACUAGGCUUACCAGUGGACUUUAUCGAUAUAAAGAUAGUCACGGUUACACGACUACGGAAACGGAGACGUGCCUAGGUCGUUGGAUCGAUGCUGGAGUGCCCAAGCACAAGAUUGUACCAGGCCUCGCCACGUACGGCCGCAGCUUCACGCUCGAUAACCCGGCCUACAAUGGCGACAAUGCCAAGCUGAAGAAAAACCACCCUCUCGGUUACGCAGCAGAGUUCUCGAAAACAGACGGCUACAUGAACUACCUUGAGACGUGUAAUCGUGCUGGCUACAUGAAAUGGACUAGACAGUGGGUACCAUACGCGGCAACGCCCUACAUCUACCACAAAGACCAGUGGGUCAGCUACGACGACACGGACAGCGCCGACGUCAAGGUGAAAUGGUUUCGGGACCGUUCGCUGGGCGGCGUCUUCAUAUGGUCAUUGGGAGAGGACGAUUACGCGGGCAACUGCAAGCAGGACCACCAGUACCCCAUGGUCACGGCGGCAUGGAAGGUCAUGAAGGACUACUGGCCCAUAGACUUCUAUCGUGCCAGGAAGAGAAAGGGCUGAAAGCUGCAAAGGCACAAGGUGUGGACGAAGAAACCUUGGAUAUAUUUAAAAAAGAAAAAGACAAAAAGAAAGACUGAGGGUGAUAAGCCAGACGGUGCCUGUCGGAACCAUGCGAUCUUCGUCUGCGUUUUUGAAUUAUGUGUUAAUAAAUUUUGUAUUUAGUCCUGUUA